AUUUCUCGGCCGUGGCCGAACUUAUUUGUUUUCAAGUUGUCAACGUUUAUUUUUAUUUUUUUAUCUAAUUUUGUCAAAACAUCAAUGAAAUGGCGUAUAUUUCUGAAAAUGAGCUGAAAUUUCUACGACUUCUCGAGCGAACAAAGCGCUUGACAAAAGAGGAUAUGUCAGCAAACGUUUGGAAAGUUUCUGCAGCUACAAAGAUUCUCAAUAAAAUGAUUUAUACACUUCAAAACGAUGAAACCACAAAUGAUAUUCUCCACGAGUACCGACAGGAAGUCUUGCAACUGAAAUUACUCGCUGAAGCUGAAAGCAAGUCGUCAGCCGAGGAGCGCCUGAAAGUGAUUGAAAAAAUUCCACGUGUAUUUCCCGAUGUCCAAGUAACUGUUGCAGACUCCAAGAAUGAUAACGAGGCGGAAAGUUACGAUUUUGAAAAAGAAUCCGCAGCUGGACUCCGAGCUACUCAACGAUCCAUCUAUCGAUCAGAUCUUCGGAAGCAGUUGCUUUCAUCUAAUAAACAUAGAGCACAAGACACAUCUGAAGAUCAGGAAUUCAUGAAAAAUGAGCUUGUCGAGGAGGAGCUAGCAAAUAGUUUGGCCACUAUGGCGAGAUCAUUCAAAACGAUGAUGUCGGCUGCUGGAGAUGUGAUUAAAGAAGAUACAGAAAGAGCAAUAUUAAUGGCGAAAGAAGUCGAUGAUAAUAAAACAGCUCUCGGGAUUCAAAGUGAGCGAGUUGAGCGUCACGCCUACAAAUGUGGUUAUGACUGUUUCAAGGUCAUGCUCAUUGUUCUGAUUUUUAUGAGCUUCGUAUCAAUGGUUCUUAUGAUGAAAAUUUUCAAAAAAGCGAGCACUUAAUAGUCGGGACGAAUUGCUAGUAUUUAUGGGUGUAAAUAUUUCAAAUAAAAUUAUUUAAUUAUUUGCA